GCAAAAUUGUAAAUGGUAAUACAGUCUACAGACACAGUUGCACUUGAAUCGGAGUGAUUCCAGUUCAGUCAAGUCCUCUACGUCAAAAAAGUGCCCAGUGCAAGAAAAAUGUCCCCUGUGACCGCUAUACUAUCAUAUAUUAUUAUUACGCAUUAAUGUAAAAUGGGAACGUACUGUUGUCGUUGGCGGAGGAGGAGGAGGAGAAAAAAAAACACCAAGAGUAGCAAAUUAUCUUCCUGUCAGUUAGAAAAUGAAUUAAUUAAACUGUCCUUUCAGCUCUGCUUGUAUAAACUGUUGGACAGUUUAAUAAAUAACAUAAUAUCAUGUCAAAUAUGUUUGGUGUGCAAAUAGUGUAAUGGCAAAGUGGCUAAAUGUGUCUUGAUGGGGCAGAAAUGGAAAAGUAUUGAUGUACUCAGAGUCCUUGAAUAGUACUGGUAUAAUAGUAGUAUAUAAUAGUAUAAUAGAAUAGUACUAUUAGUACUAGUAUUAGUAGUUCCAGCACGUCGUCGUUCCUUCAAUAAGUCUGUUUCUGAUCGGCUUGACACAACCUCUCCACCUCAGACAACAGCGAAAGCUUUUUUAUCCGUUAUUUCAUUUUGAGCAGUUUGAUUGAGGUUUAUUUUGUGUGUCCAAAUUGAAAAUGCACACAAGAACACACAGGCGGAACCCACUUAAUGCUGAAGCGCCUCCAAUGGAACGCGACAAAGAUUCCACUCCUCACCAACCUGCAUACAUCAUCCAGGCCACCUCGUUCAGAGUGAAUACGAGUCCCUCUUACGAGCCGAUCAGACCAACGUGUUUAAUCAUACUAUGGGUUGAAAGUACCACGAGCUACUCGUUGAUCCGCCUUGUAUUUCUUGCAGAGAUCAUACACGAGGAGCAUCAAAUAUACAACCCGCAGACGUUCCAACGUGGGGGGAGCGUGUUUGCUGUGACACAAUCAAAAACAGUCACCAGACCGAAUCAGAUCACUUCCCUCGCAGCUGAAACGAGAGAGGAAUUUGGGGACUUGUCAACAGCUGAAAUGGACGAUCAGUUGGACUAUCAAAAUAUCUCAAAUGCUCACACAGGAUGCGCGGAACACACAUAUGUAGCUCCACUCUCCGAAGCAGUGUACGAAAAUGAACAGGACACAACUGAUGCGGAUGCUGAUCCAGGUGUCUAUGCUAACGUCCAGGUUCCAUCACCUCCAUUAAGUACAUAUGAGGACGACGACUACGAGAACUCAGAGUUUCUGGACCAAGUCGUGGAGGAGCAAAACGACAGUGAUCCGGACUACGUGAACGAACACGACUGACUGCACGGGACGUGGACCUCGGCCUGCACUCUGAACGACGAUGUAAAUAAAACUACCAAGGACCUUGAUUGCGUGUUAAAGUGGAGCCGGCACCUUAGUGCUUCUAGAUCCACUGGACAAUUUAGGAAGGCGCCAAUGAUCCAAGUCACGUUACUUGUGACUUCUAAACAUUACAUUCAAGAACGCUCCACGGGUCAGUUAAGCUUGUUUAAAGAACAGUAAAGUUAAAUAUAGAAAAUCCAAAUCAUCACAUGACUUUUCCAAUGUAUUUAUUUGUGUUCUAAAUAACAAGAUUUGGUUUGUUUAUAAUCUUUUCCUUCAUUCAUACAGUAUUUAUUAAUAACACCACUUGAACUCUGUAUAAUAAACAUGUACAUGAUAUAUAUA